AUGGGUCUAAAAGUCAGUAAACUCCGCCGUUCUAAGAAAAAAGUCAAGGGUAAAGUCUGUUCCGAAUGUAACAAACCAACUAUGACAUCAUAUUGGAAUUGGUGUCAAAAUUGUAAUGCCUCUCAUUUUCGUGAUAAUUUUCCAAACUGGUCCAGUGGUAACCCUUCAUUAGAUCAAUUAAUUCAAGAAUCUCAGUUACAAGCCGAAUGCAGUGAACAAAUAAUGGAAUGGAUACCUUUUGAAAAGUUUAAGGAUAUUAAAUUUGUGGCUCAGGGUGGGUUAGGUGAAGUAUUUUAUGCGGUCUGGGAAGAUGGGCAAAUUUAUAAUUGGGAUGCGGAUCUGAAUGAUUGGAAACGAAGAGGAGAGCAUGCUGUUGCUUUAAAAAAAGUGAAAAAAACAGAGAGUACUUCUGAUGAUUUUUUGAACGAGUUGAAAUCAUUACACUCGAUCACUCAUUUAAAAGUCUCUUUCGAAGUGGCUCACUGUCUCGAAACAAUUCAUAAUGCUGGUUUAAUACAUGGUGAUUUUCAUAGUGGUAAUAUCCUAAUGGGAAAAAAAUAUCCAAUGAUUUCUGAUUUUGGAUUAAGUCGUGUAUGGUAUGCUUUGACAUGUACUAAUAUUAUCGGUGAUCGAGUUGAUUUGGAAACUAUAAGAGAUUUUAGAGAUGCUGAAAAUGAGAGAAUUAGAAUGAUGGAUGCGAACAAUGACGGAAUGUUUGAGACUGGAGAGUUUAAUAGGCAUAGAGAUGCAGUUUAUACCAGUAGAUUGAUUCCCACGAUGGCUCUUGCACAAAACUUGGAAAAUAAGAUGAGACGAGAAGAAGUUGAAGAUUAUAUAAAUUCACAAUAUAAUCUCAUAAAUCCGUCUCAAGCUGAUAAUACCAAAAGCAAAAUAAAAAUUCAAUAUGAACAAUGGUAA